UCAUUCACUCGUGUCUUUCUGUUCUCUGGCAGGACAGAGCGGGAUGCCACCGUUUGGUCCAAGGGGAAGCUCCGAGAGCUCCUGGUUGGCAUUGCUAUGGAGAAUGAGACUGGCCGAUGUGAGAUCAGUGAGUUGAAGCAGGUGGAAGGUGAGGCUUCUUGUAGCAGCCGCAAAGGAAAGCUUAUUUUCUUCUAUGAGUGGAACAUCAAGCUGGCCUGGAAAGGUACAAUUAAAGAAUCUGGUGCAAAACACAAGGGAUUAAUUGAAAUACCCAGCCUUUCUGAAGAAAAUGAAGUUGAUGACACUGAGGUGAACGUGAGUAAAAAGAAAGGAGAUGGGGAUAUACUGAAGGAUCUUAUGAAAACUACAGGCACCGCCAAGGUCAGGGAGGCCCUUGGAGAGUACCUGAAGGCACUUAAGACGGAAUUUACAACAGGAAUGAUUUUACCAACAAAAGCUAUAGCAACCCAGGAGCUGACUGUUGAGAGGAAAGUGACUGGAAACCCUUUGCAGGUGCAGGCUUCUCCAGUGGCACUGGGUGUAAGGAUUCCCACUGUAGCUUUGCACUUGACGGAGCUGUUUGACACGACAGUAGAACAGCUGUACAGUAUCUUCACUGUGAAAGAUUUGGUGCAAAAAUUUUCCAAAUCUCCUGCUGUAUUAGAAGCUGAAAAGGGAGGGAAAUUCCAAAUGUUUGAUGGGAACAUCACUGGAGAAUAUGUGGAACUGUUAACGAAUAGGAAGAUCAUCAUGAAGUGGAGAUGCAGAAACUGGCCAGAAGAACACUAUGCAACAGUUGCAUUGAAUUUUGUGCCUGCUCCAGGGCAAACGGAAUUACAAUUGGACUGUAAAGGAGUUCCUGUCUGUAAAGAAGAGAAUACAAAAUUCUGUUGGCAGAAGCAGCACUUUGAAGAAAUAAAAGGUCUACUUCAGCUCACCACCCAGAAUGCUUGAACUAGUUAGGUUUUAUAAGGACAUCCUUUUUGUAAGCUGAAACCUGUCCUAUUGCCUCUUCUUUCUUCCUCAAAAAGUCCCCUCCCCCGCAAGGUCCCUAAUUUAUUUUAUACUGGAUGAAAUUCAUGAAACGACAAAAUUUAAAAGCAUUGCUUGAAGCAUUCUAGACACUGCACUUCAUAAAAUCAGGUGUUAUCUCACCUUCCAUGGGUGUUCCUCUCUGGAAAGUAGGUGAAGUCCAGUUCCCUGAGCUAAGGCUGGUCACAACACGCUACUUCAUUGCUAGUUGAUUUAAGCUGAAGACAAAUAAAUGGCAUGUUACACUAUUCUUUUAUUUUA